GAAGGCUUUCAUGUGUUCCUCUGGGCUUUUUGAGGCUGUGAGAGGCGCUGGCUUAUGCCUGCUGGCCUCUGGCACUCCUCUCGUCACCCGCUAGGUCCGUAGUGGAUGGAAAUGGAGUGAAUAUAGGGGAUAUAUCGGCAGUUGAAGGGGAAAUAAUCUGGGUGGAGGGGUGGUUGUGCCCCGCAUGUUAGGAGGCGGCUACCGGCCCUCAGACCUUGGUGGGCAUGGCCCUCGUACCCGGCCCGGCCCCUGGGGCUGCCCCUAGUCACCCCUACCACCACCACCCCCACUACCACCACCUCACACCAGUUCACCACUUACUCACCCAUGGAAAAAUGUUUGUUGGUGGUUUGUCAUGGGAGACAACACAGGAGAGUCUGCAGCGUUACUUUGGUCAAUAUGGGGAGGUCAUCGACUGUGUGGUCAUGAAGAAUAGCGAGACUGGCAGGUCCAGGGGAUUUGGUUUUGUUACAUUUGCUGAUCCCAAUAAAGUUGACUCCGUUUUGAAGAAUGGUCCACAUGAGCUCGAUGGGCGUACGAUUGAUCCCAAGGCCUGCAACCCGCGCAGCAUGCAGAAGCAGAAAAGGAAUGGGAACUGGCCUAAGGUAUUCCUUGGAGGGUUGCCGUCUAACCUAACGGAAACAGACCUUCGCAAUUUUUUUUCACGUUUUGGUGGGGUGAUGGAAGUGGUUAUCAUGUUUGACCAGGAAAAGAAAAAAUCGCGAGGCUUUGGAUUUUUGUCCUUCGAAACGGAAGAGGCUGUGGAUAGAGCGGUGGCAGAGCACUUUGUCAACAUAAAUGGAAAGCAGAAGGUUGAAAUUAAGAAGGCAGAGCCAAGGGACGCCAGCAAGGCACAGGAGGAGGGUGGCCAGUGGGGCGCUCACCCCGACAACCAGUGGGGGAUGCCAGUGGGUCCACCGGGCAUGCCUGGCCUUAAUAAUGGUAUGGGACCUGGCAACAUGGGACCACCCCUGGGACCUCCCCUUGGUCCACAUAACAGCCAGAUGGGGGGGCACAUGGGGACUCAAGGCAUGGUACAGGGCCCUUACCAGGGAUGGGGCACCCCUCCGCAACAACAAGGAUAUCCGCCUCAGGGGUAUGGUGCCCCUCAAGGUCCAGGGGGCUACCAAGGUUGGGGUGCUGGACAACAGCUGCAGCAGUGGGGGGCACCUAACUAUGGUUCCCCAGGCGGCCAGCAAUACGGCAGUUUCGGGCCCAUGGAGGGUGGAACGUGGGGGUGGACGUCCCCCACCUCUCCCUCCACACCUCAGCCACACGAACGUGACCCUUAUGGUCGUAAUGCUCCCUUAAGUGCUUUGAUGACGGGGGCACCGGGAGCUCCAUCUCCAAACCUUGCAGCAGCAGCUGGGCCUCAGCCAGGUGGUAAGGCGUCAGCUGACUACAGUUCUUGGGGUCAGUUCAAUUACAACCAGAUGAGUGGGGAGAAUUCUGCCGCAGCUGCAGCUGCAGCAUUUAAUCAUGGUCGUGGUUACAACGAUGGUGGGGCCCCAGGACCGGCACCCGCCCAUCAGGGUGAAAUUGGCACUUUUCUUUGGGAGCAUCUGACUCUCUACAAUGCUCACAACCAGCUGUUUUCAGGGGCAGCUCGGUAUGGUAGUGAGGGUGUUAUUGGGCAAGAGGGCGGAGAUCCACACACCAAUGGGCGGCCCUCUCCCAGUAAUGCUCAGCCAUUCUCAUACAUCCAGCUAUAGUCAUGGAUUUUGAGGGUUCAUUGUGUAGAUGACUUGAGCCCAUGUUGGAAGAGUGCCAUAUGUUGGAAGACUAAUGUGCCACAAAAGAAGGUUAAAGUUCAGCUGUACGAGUGGUAAAACUUGCUGUGGUACACCUUCGGUUUCCUUUUGGAAGUUUUCCAUCUUAACUCUGUCAAACCAUGCCAGUGAUGGUAUGAUUGGGGGAUGGCCAGAGCUCUAGUAAGGUUUCGACCUGGACAUUUGUGGUCGUAUCUCAAAAAUCAGCCUUGUUGAGUAUUUGAUCUCUUGCUUACAACUACAGGUCAUGUCUCAUGUCAGGAGAGUAACACGUUUUUCUAAACUGUAAUAGAUUAUUGAUCUAAUUUAAUUAAUGUUGGUAUUUUGUAACGAGUAGAUUGAAGUUGCUCUCUUAUGUAAUUGUCCACAUCAUACAUAUAUAAUAAAUAAAUAUAUAUAUAUAUAUAUAAUAUA